AUGUCUCGCAUCGUUACUGUACUAUUUACAAUCCUGGCAUGCCACGGCGCCCUUGUACAUGGCGCGAUAUGUACUAUAACGUUGCCUCCCAAUUUCUUGACUGAAAAGGGGUUGGCAACUCCCUUCAGGACGUCAGGAUGCUCACAGACUGUACCAGACGAGCAAGUAUUUGCUGAGGCAACCAUUGUCAAUGCGAUUACUGGCAAGGUCUCUAUCUACAAUCCCGUGAUUGCUGAUAAGAAUAUGAAUACUCAUAUUCCUAUCAUCCCCAAUUUGCAUUUUGGUGAUGUCGUUGGACUGUGGUUUGGCGCAAACAGUGAGGGUAUCAUAUUGAAACCGUCCAAUAAAGACGAUCCGUCAUUUGCUUUGUGCGUACAAGGUGAUGGCAAGACCAACUUUGGCCAAAUGGCAUUCUGCAACGCAGCCGCCUUUUUCAUCGCUGCCAAAAUCGCCAUCAAGACUGGACAACUAUCCAUCCCACCACUCGGCACAUCUCCCAAGACCAACAAGCCCUGCUACACCGUCCGAAGUUUCGAAGUGAUCGAUCAAGAUCAGUCCGACAAUGUCGUUACGGAAUACAUUGUGGCAUUCCGUAAAGGUGGUGCAUCUGAAAUUGCUCAGUUCUCGCAAGCAAAUAUGAAGUAUUAUCAAUCCCAACAAGAUGCUGGCAAAGUCAAGAACUUCACGGAAAUUAUGAAUGGAAGCGAUAAUCGAUUGGUUUCAAAGGCUCUGGCUUCUGCGCUUGGAUGCAAACCGUUCCAAGCUCGCGAUCAAGCAGAUCCUGGUGCUGUAAGACCAUCACUAGCACUAAAUGAACUCUUUGCAAGCAAACAUGAAGGAGAAUACGGAACAGUAGCACUCGUACCCCAAGAUGAUCCCAUGGUUGUUGACGGAAACGGUAACGCCGACUUGAAAAAGCUCAACUUGUACCGAACAGGAGUCGAUCAACCACUACAAUCCAAGCUCAACCCACAAUCAGCUAUCGAUUACUGCAACAACAUGCUGAGUAUCACUGCUCCAUCUAUCAAGGCAAACAAGGCAUUUUACCAGGCAGCACCCUCAGUGGAUCCCAACGCAGCCAAUAAUCUCUGGACAUUUAUGGGGCAACGGUUCCAAGCUUCAUUUGUCAAUCUCAAUUGUACGGGCUUGCUAGGUGUGACUCAAGAUCCAAUUGAGGUCGUGGCCGAUGGCGAUGUGACUGUCGAUUUAAAGUUUAACUUUUGA